AAAAACCUGGAGAGGUUAAGGUUUAUUGCUAUAUUUAUAUACUUUUCAUAAUAAUAUUUAUAAUUUUGUAUCAUCAACAAUAAUAAUGCCAGCCACGACAAUGCAUAAAUUUAUAACAUUUCUUGGAGUAAUGUCAAUGUUGCAUGCUGCUUAUUCAGCUGCUCAACAUAGAUCAUAUUUGCGAAUAACUGAGCAAGAAUUUACCACUUUGCCAAUUGAUAUAUUAAUACAAGGUAUAAUUAGUUUAUUCAUAGUCAUGUAUGGCGUAAUGUACAUAGCUGGUGAUUUUAAAGAGAUACGUGCUGUUGUUGAUUUGGAAAAUAAAUCUUGGGAAACGUUAAGAAAUCUACCAUCGUUUCAAACAUUUAAUCAUCGUGGUAAAUCACUGUCUCCUGAUUUUUUGUAAGAAUAAUAAAAUACACGAAUUUAAUUCGUAUUCUAGAAUGCAAUGUAAUUUAAUUUAAGAUAAAUAGCUCUUUGUAUAUUUGUUAAACUUUCAAAUCGAUUUAACAAAAUAAAA